CGGAAGUCAACAAAGGCGGGGGGAAUGUAACUACAACGAGCACUUUACCUGAACCUUCCGGUUGUCUGUUACUUUUGAACAGCUUUAAAAUGUCUUUAAUACACGUACAGCUCGUCUCUGGUGAGGAUUAAAGUUAGGACGCACUGAGAACCGAUUUUUAGCUGGUUCUUGUGUUCAAAAAAUCUACAACAUGGAGAACGACGGGUUGUUCUCAAGUGUCAACGUUGUUCUUGUAAUGACUUACGGCAGUCUGGUGUUUGUUUUGCUGUUCAUCUUUAUAAAAAGACAAGUUAUGGGCCUUGCCAUGAGGUCUCGGAGGGGACCGCAUGCUCCCAUUGGCCACAAUGCGCCUAAGGAGCUGAAACAACUAAUUGAAGCCAAGCUGUGCCAGGUCCGGAAAAUCCACUUUGAGCCUCGUCUGUUGUCCCGAGAUGAUGACCGUUUAACGCAGUUACCACAGUCUGGUUCUCAUGACUACUUGUACAGGAUGAAAGCACUAGACGCUGCCCAGGACACUGAUCUUCCUUUCCGUGAACUGGGUGGCGCCCCCACUGCUGUUACUGGAAAAAUAUUUCGGACCUGGCUGCUGCAGCUGCGAAAUUCCCACCGCGGGUGCAGAGAUGAGCAGCGCUCUCUGAUAGACACGGUGCUAGAUGGCUACAACAGAGCACGCCACGGGGCCGAGGCGUUUGGAGAAGCAGAGUUUCUCAAGUACCAGGAAGCUCUAACUGAGCUGGCCUCCAUCGUGAGGUCCAGCGGCGGCGCGUCAAGCCAGCACCACCAGUCUGCAGCCAUAGACCUGAGUGGCACCACCGAGCCCACCAGCCCCUUCUCCUCCUCCUCCGCCUCCUCCCCGACCCAAACCACCUACCUCACGUCUGCAGCACAGCAGCGCAGCAAGAGGGCCAGGCCCUUUCUGGAGCUGAAGAACUUCAAAGACAACUACAACACGCUGGACAGCACGCUCUGAAAUGAUUGCCCGUCUGUCCAAAGGAAAAAGGUCAAAGACAAAAUACUACUGCCUGUAAUCCCAGUGCCUCGCUCAGUGUCACCUGAUAGUAUCAGAUUAUACUAGAAAACACACUGCCUUACACACUGAUAACAUGUACUGCAGAAUACUGCAUAUCAGACUGCUGAUACACUGCUCUUUGCCUAAAUGUAGCACCUUUCUAACCUGUAUUAUUGCAUGUGUAAGUGCUAUAUUAAUAUAAAAGUAACCAACCGAUAGUCGAUAGGGUUGAUUUGACCAAAACUCUAUAAUUGCUAAUGCACCAGCAUAGGACAAUCAGUAUUUAUUGCACAAUGUAAACGCCUAUGCAAAUGUGUUCCACUUAACUGCCUGUAUUAAUAAAACAACAGUAAAUGGUGUUUAUAAAGUAAAAUAGUGAUUGUGCAUUUUUAGGAUGAAAGAACACACAGUUUAAGUCAAAAAUGUUUACGUUUAUGUAUUUAUCCCUGUUCUUUGAGCCAUGAGUUGUUUCUUUGUUUUGUUUUGUUUUGUUUCCUUUAAGCCUUGUUUUACAGAAGCCAUAUUUCUCUUCAGGAACUUGAUUGAUUAAGUGCCUAUUUUUUGAUCAGUUAUCUUCACUGAACAGUGUUUUACUGCAUUCCUGUGUGUGUUGGAUUUGAGGUAUAACCUCAGGGAAAACUGUUUCUUUAGUCUUACAAACUAGCCUGCUGAAAUAUUUGAGAAGCAUCAGUUUGAUUUGGUGUUACACUUAUCUAAUGCUUGAAUACUUUUUAUUUUUUAUUUCCCGUGGUGCUUAUGAUGCAUGUUGCCAUGCAAAAAGGUCAUUCUGUUAAGCUGAUUUGAAAUGUUGCACAAUACGCUCAACAUAAUGCACAGUAAACUCUGAACUGAAAUAUCC